ACAUCGACUUUUAGUUCCAUAUUUUGUUGGUUCUUUUGUUAUUUUGGAGAAUUUUCCUAAUGUUUUAAUUUUCCUUCUUUUCUAUUUCACAUAAUUAAUGUGAAUUUCCUAUCGAUAAAGUGCUCUAAAGCGAAAUUUAUUCAUCAACAUGGAUAACUCCGGUGGCCAAAAACAGCAUUUGGCCCUACGUGUAGCCCUAGACACAAUGAAAGAUCGGUGUAUUCUGCAACAAAAACGUCUAACAGAAGUUGAGGAAGAAAACCAAGAGUUACGGGAACAUUUAACACACUAUAAGCACACAGUUGGUGCUGCACCCGUUGGAAUACCCGAAAAUGUUCAACAACUACAUUUGCAAGUAUGUGAAUUGCAACGUAAGAAUGAGAAGCUAAAUGCCCAUAUGGAAAUGGUUUCUGCUGAGAACCGCAAACUAUGGUCCAGACUUUCACAAAUAGCCAAAGACCAGUCAUCAAAGAUAAACAAAGAAAACGAUAACACAUUAACGGCUUCAGAUAUAGAUGCCUCAACUAGUAGCGGUGCUGCUGCUGCUGCUGCUACUGAGGCAAGUCCUCGCGGUGGAGUGAACAACCAAAAUCUCAUACGUUCCAAAACAUUCACUUUAAAAACAGUGAAUUCACCAAAUCAAAAUAUGCGACAAAAACUUAUACCUGCCGAGAAUUGUGGUUCAUCAGAUAUGCGUGAUGUCAGUUUGGAAGAUGGCAUUGCAUUGGAAGUCUACGAUGAUGGGGAUGGCAAUGCGCUGGAGUGUGCUAAUAAACAACCAAAUGAUAAUGCAGAGGCAAUGGCCGAGGCAACUAUGGCAUUUGGCUAUUUAAAUGUGGACGAGGCAAAUGCUUCAACACAGGAACAGGACUUCAAUGCUGAAACUAAGAAAUGCAUUGAAGGUCUGGGAGUUAUGCGUCGCGAAGCUAUGAAACAGCAAAAGGAAUUAAAUGCCGUACUUGCUUUGUUGGAGAGCAGAAUAGCUCUCCAACCUUGUGCGGAAUGUAUGAAGAAAAGUCAAAAGCCUGAAAUGGCUGACAAAAGCCUGGAGACUGAUGAAAGUCUAACUGACUCCAAAUAUGUUAAUACCCAUCAUAUUGAUUGCAACAUCGAAGCUGCAAAGGUCUCCAAUGGUCUUGGUGUAUCCAGCACAUCUUCUACAAUGCAGCAGCAGCCGCAGCAGCAAAUUUCCCAAAAAAAUCAUCUGAAUAUUUUGCAAGAGAAAAUUCUAGCCGAUGAAGCCAAUAAAAUGUGUCCCAUGUGCGGUAAAGUUUACAAUUGUGAUGUAACAUUUGAGUCGUUUUGCGAACAUGUGGAAGAACACUUUCGCGAUGACAGCAUCGAUCUGGUGCACAGUAUGGAUAAUAAUUUUGAGUUGAUAUCACACACAGUGGGCAACUUCUGACCCAAUAAGCGAAAUCGCAUAUAUUUCUCAUCGGAUUUGUAGAUUGUAGAUAAAUCAAAAAUUUCCAAAAGAAAUCUCUGAAGUGAUUUAAAUGUGACAAAUUUUUUAUUUUCAAAACUUUCUAAAUAUUGAAGAAUUUGAAUCUGGUUUUAUUUUGCUUUGAAAAAAUUUAAGAAGUGAUCAUUAGAUCGACUGAAAACUAAACAUCUAUAACUUUGUUGUAUGAUAUUUCAUCUACUCGUUUUUUUGUUUUGUUGUCAAUUGAAACUCAAUAAACCAUUACAAAAAUAGAGGAAGGACGUAAGAUAGGAGAAUUGCUGAAAGUACACAGAUAAUGAAAUAAGUUGUCUAUCAUCUGCCUUUGGUUUCUAUAUAUCAUAUGUUAUACUUAAAAAAAAUACAUACCUAUAAUUAAAUAUAAUUGAUACAUAUACUUUAUUGCUAUUAUUAUUAUUAUAAUUACUAGUAUUGUUAGUUAUAUCUACUGUAAUGAGGAAAUAAACAUGAUUUCACAAGAUGGAUAUACAGACAA